UUAAAACUGUAUGUUAAGACUAGCCUUUUUAAUGUAUUUUGAUAAUGAGUAAUGGUUACUUAGAUAUUCAGAGGGACAUCAAUGGAAUCAAAUGUAAGUGUGGGUAGACAAUCGAUCAGUUUUUCUUGUGCAGGUGAGGCUUUGAUCUAAGUGUCAAUAUUUACUGGUUCUUGUAAUCAAGUGAGCUUCGCUGCUUCAUUCAAGGACCGUGGGUUCCUGUGGAUUCAAUGGAUUCCCCUCAGCCAAUCGAAAACAAGACGCCAAAGAUCAAAGUAAAGUCGAACCAACCAGCUUGGUUCCAAGCAGCCAUCCUGACGUGUACCUUCUACUCUCUCUAUAUAUUUGACCUUUCAUUCCCGAGAGAGCGCACGGAAUGCGUUAGUAAUUAAAGAUAGGCACUUUUAAAUUCAUUCACAAGUUUUGUCGCAGUAGUGGGCCUGAUUACACUUCGCGUCGGAAAGGAUGUCUGUAGCGGGUGUCGGCGAGUGUCCGGGGAAGGCCGGUCAAUACCGAGUGGAUCACCUCCUCAGCGCCGUGCAAAGUGAGCUGCAGGCCGGCAGCGAGAAAGGCGACCCCACGGAGAGGGAAUUGAAACUCUCUUUGGAUGACAGCGAACUUUGGGGCAAAUUUAAGGAUCUGACGAACGAGAUGAUAGUGACAAAAAACGGCAGGCGUAUGUUUCCCGUGAUGAAAGUCAACGUAUCCGGAUUGGACCCGAACGCCAUGUAUUCUUUCUUGCUCGACUUUGUAUCUGCGGACAACCACAGGUGGAAGUACGUGAGUGGGGAGUGGGUCCCAGGGGGGAAGCCUGAACCACAAACCCCCAGCUGUGUCUACAUCCACCCGGAUUCACCAAACUUCGGCGCGCACUGGAUGAAAGCCCCUGUUUCUUUUUGCAAAGUCAAACUCACCAAUAAACUUAACGGGGGAGGUCAGAUCAUGUUAAACUCCUUACACAAGUACGAGCCACGCAUUCACAUUGUGCGCGUUGGAGGCCCACGCAGGAUGGUCACCAGCCAUUCUUUCCCAGAAACACAAUUCAUUGCUGUGACAGCCUACCAAAAUGAAGAGAUAACUGCUUUGAAAAUAAAGCACAACCCUUUUGCCAAGGCCUUCUUGGAUGCAAAGGAAAGAUGUGAUGACAAAGACAUCAAAGAUGAAACAACUGAUCACCAGCAGUCAACGUAUUCUCCAUUAGGUGGUUGGUUUCUCCCCGGGUCGGCCUCUCUCUGCCCUCCUGCAACUGCAAGUUCUCACAGUCAAAUUGGAAGCCCAAUUUCCCUCUCGCCAUCCCACGGCUGUGAGCGCUACUCAACAUUAAGGACCCACCGUUCGAUACCCUACAGCACAUCUUCUUACAGUCAUCGGACUAACUCGCCCACAAGUUACACAGAUAACUCCUCGGCGUGUCUACCAAUGCUGUCAAGUCAAGACAACUGGUGCGGUCUGCAGAUGCCAACAAACUCCGGCAUGAUGUCCAUGACACACAAUCCAACUUCCGUUACCAACUCCAGUCAGUACACCAGUCUGUGGUCUAUGAGCAAUGCACCGCUGACCCCAGUUACCCCGGUCUCCCACCACUCCGGCGGGAUGAACAACACCAACCUGAACUCCCAGUUUCUGCGAGGCUCCAGCACUCACUAUCCCAACCUGGUUCACUCGGUGCCAGCGCCCUCCUCUGGCUCCCCCAUGUACGACAGCAGCAGUACAGAGGGGCACGACUCAGCUCAGUAUGAAGCUUCUCUGCAGCGACAUUCUCCAGCCUGGACUCCUGUCACGCUCCCUUCCAUGUGAUGGAGCAAAAUGUCCCCAGUUCAAUCAUGUAUUUUCUUUUUACAAGACUUUUUGAAAUUAUAUUUCGCAUGGAGAUAAUUUCAAGAUCUUCAAACGCUAUUG